AGAGCUGCCAUUGCAAUCCAUCUAAGAUAUCUCCGUCGCCGCCGCCGCCGCCGGCUGCGCCAUGCUCCGCCUCCGAGAGUGCGUCGUUUCCCGUCUCCUCUCUUGGCCCUCCACCUCUCCCAUCUGCUCUCUUCGCCGCCUGCUCUCCACCACCGCAUCCGCAGCCCCCAUUUCUCCGAACCCUAGUAGCUUCGCCGUCGAGGAGUACCUCGUCGCCACCUGCGGCCUCACCCAGCCCCAAGCCGUCAAAGCCUCCAAGAAGCUCUCCCACCUUAAGUCACCCGCCAAGCCCAACGCCGUCCUCGCCUUGCUCGCCGGCCUCGGCCUCUCCGGCGCCGACGCCGCCGCCGUCGUCGCCAAAGACCCGCGGCUCCUCUGCGCCAAAGUGGACAAAACCCUGGCCCCCGUCAUCGCCGGGCUCACCGGCCUCGGCCUGUCUAGUCCUGAGAUUGGCCAACUGGUCUCGCUUGCCCGCACCCGCUUUCGCUGCAGACCCGUCGUCCCCAGGCUGCAGUACUACCUGCCCCUCUUCGGCUCAUUCGACAACUUCCUCCGGCUGCUCAAGCGCGAAUCCAACCUUCUCUCGAUCGACCUUGACAAGGUGGUCAAGCCCAAUGUCGUGUUCCUGAGGGAGUGCGGGCUAGGUGAUUGUGAUAUUGCCAAGCUGAGUAUCCGUGUGCCUAGGAUGCUCAUCACCAACCUGGAGCGCGUCCGGGCGAUGGUGGCACGUGCCGAAACAUUAGGCGUGCCCCGUCGCUCCGGGAUGCUCAAGGAAGCGUUGCAGGCUGUCGCGUUUCUCAGCGAGGAGAAGAUUGCCGCCAAACUGGACUACUUGAAGAAUACGUUCAGGUGGUCUGAUGCCGAAGCUUGCAUUGCUGUGCGCAAGUAUCCGUGUGUGUUGAAGAAGUCAAAGGAAUCUCUGAAGCGCAAGUCUGAGUUCCUGGUCUCUGAGGUGGGGCUGGAACCCGUGUCCAUUGCUCAUCGACCGGUAGUUCUCAGUCUUAGCCUGGAGGGCCGGCUCAGACCCCGGUACUAUGUUAUAAAGUUUCUCAAGGAAAAUGGACUGCUAGAUCGUGACCCGAGCUUAUAUUCUGCGGUCAACAUGACUGAGAAGGUAUUUAUGAAGAAACUCAUAUCCCCUCACAAGGAAGCUGCACCACACCUCGCUGAAGACUAUGCAACAGCUUGCAAAGGGGAAGUGCCAACUAAUUUCAGAUUCAUGUGAACAAAAAAGGGCUAUGGGAAUUGGUUACAGUGUAUUGCGCAACAAAGUUAUCACCCUGCAUGUAAGCUUGUACUUUGUGUUUUGGUGUUCUUUGCAUAACAUGCUGUUGCCUGUUGCUAAAUGCUAACUCCCUAUGAAACUGGUAAUUUGAUUCCUGAACCUCUAUUUGUUGAUGGUGUCAUUCCUUAGAGAAGAUCUCUGUAAGUGAGAAGUUCCUGGAUAUAUUUGUGUUUCCAACUUCCAUGAAAGAUCAUGAAACUUGGAUG